AACACGUCAUUAACCGGCAUAUUUUUAGCUCAACCACGUGAUGUGAGAUUCAAUCCGAGGCGAGAGGGACAGCUGUCGUCUUUUCUGGGAAACCACAGAUCUAUUUUGUUCUUUUCAUCAAAAGCUGAGGAAAAAAUACGAAAUACUAGAAAAUAUACCUACUCAGUGCUGUUUGAUGCUGCACACCACGGUGGCUUAAACGAUCUUUAGAAAUAGCCAGUAAUCAGAAUACGGAAUACUUUUCAAGCCUGUCAAAUUUGCAAACGCAAAAUGGCGACCAAGACACAGCCACCACAAAGUCAACCUCACGCUCAAGGAAAGUCUUCUGGAAGCAUUGAAGAUGAUUUUAUGUACGGUUCAAAUGUUGCACAAUGUCAUGUCUACAUCCGGAUGGGAUUUUUACGGAAGGUGUAUGGCAUUUUAACAGCCCAGCUUCUGAUAACAACAUUGACAGGUGCUUUGUUUGUCACAUCGGAGGUGGUCAAAGGCUAUGUUCAGCAGAAUCACUGGAUGCUGCUGGUUGCCAUGUUUGGGACUAUUAUAAUCCUUAUCCCAUUGAUGAUCAAACGUCAGGAGACGCCUACAAACUACAUCCUACUUGGGGCCUUUACUUUGAUGGAAGCAUAUUCAGUGGGAGUCAUAGUGACAUUCUAUGACAAAUCUGUUGUUGUGGAAGCCUUAGCCUUGACCUUGGCUGUUACCUUUGGACUGACUGUAUACACCUUGCAGAGCAAGAGAGAUUUCAGUUCAUGGGGUGCUGGACUUUUUGCAUUGUUGUGGAUUCUCAUUUUUGCUGGAUUUUUCCAAAUCAUUUUCCCCAGUGUGAUGAUGGACAAGAUGAUUGCUGUAGGAGGUGCUUUUGUCUUUUCACUGUUCAUCAUUUUUGAUACCCACAUGAUGAUGCGCAAGUUGUCACCUGAAGAGUAUGUGGUAGCCGCUGUCAAUCUGUACUUGGACAUUAUUAAUCUCUUCCUGUACAUUCUCAGAAUCCUCCAGGAAUCUCGCCGAUAAUGACGUCCACCCUGCAUUCUCUCUUGAUCCCAAGGCAGUCUUUCGCUGAUCCUUCCAGUUUUUGAUGUAUUCUGUUCAUACAUGGGAUACAAGUGUUACACACACAAGUUCAUUGUCUGUACUGUUGUUCAAAAUUGAAUUAAAAUACAAGAUUUUGUUUGGUUUUAAAAUCAUGUGACAUACAGAGAGAAAUAUUAUUUUCGAAGUAUUACUUAAAUGAAUCAGUUCUUCAUUUGUUUCACCUAUGUAUGCAUAGCUAGCAAUACAUCCAGUGUAUGAGCUAUACCUGUGUUUUAUUGUUAAAUUUUACUUUCUGCGCCAAGAUACCCAAUUGUCAUUUGUAAAAUCAAAGUGCAUUGAAAUAUCUGCAUGCAUGUCUUUUUUGUAAGUUCUCUUUAAUGUAUACAUGUUGGGGUUCCUGUGAGAGGUAUUUGGUGAUGGGUUAACCAAGAAAUGCUUCGUGGUUUUCUGAUUUUUCAAUAUUACCUUGACGACAUGUCUAGUUAAUGUUCAUCUAUGGUAAGUCAUUUCAUGAGGAAAGUAAAUUUUCUUUCCUUUUUUCCUUGUGAAGAUAUCAUAAAUUUGGGUCACAUUACAACCAAUCUAUGCCUAUUUUAGCUCAAGUAUGGUUAAGCUUCUGGAUAUAGAAUGAGUCUGAUAAGAAGUAUAGACUAGUAGAUCUAAUCAGGUUCAGGUAACUCCAGAAAUGCAUCUACCGACGUGUAGAUCAGAUUAUACUGUAUAGAAACUGGAUGUUGACUGCAGUUUAAUACUUAGUGCUAAUGCUCUGUUUCACUGUCUUGCUUAAAAAAAUAUGUUCCAGAUAAUACAGAAUACGAAAGGUAACAUUGCAAAAAACAAUGUGAUUAAGUGAAGGGUUUUCAUUUGUUGUUCUUUAUAAAGUAUAUUAAUUAUAGCAUGGAUUUUCUUCUAAGUUUGACUGAUAUAAAUCUGAUAUAGCUUUCAUCAGUUGACAAGAAUUGUGAUUUAGUCAGAUGCUACAUUUUGAAAAUGUGAUAUAUACAUGUAUCGAUAAAGUGUUACAUAAAAAAUAAAUGUAUCAAUAAAACUGUUAUUGUCCUCACAUAUAUGUGGUUUUGGUAAAAUAAAUAUUUGAAGUUGUAAAUAAAGCU